UUUUGUUUAAAUUGCGCUGCGCACAAAUAACUUUGAAUAAUAAAUGACAACUUUCUCAAUUUUUGAUUAAAACAUUUACGUGUGGUGCAUUUUGCCACACUGUGCAACACUAGGCCGCAUUUCAUAAGUCGGCAGAACAACCAAAAUUUCCAAUUUUGAUUUUAGGCAUAAAAUGCGUUAACUUACUGUUAAAAUGAUGGUUACGAAUAUUUCUAAGCUAAGCCAAGUCAUGGCCAGGCUUCGGGUCGGCCCAAGUCCAAGGGAAUAUUGCCAGUUGGCUAAAUUUCGAAGAACCAACUACCAGCAACGGUUGGAAGCGGGAUCAUCGUCGCUCUUCCCCAAUAUGGAUCGCCAUCACCACCAUGGUACGGGCUCAGCCUCGGGGGGCACGGCUUUGGCAUUUACAGCGGCCUUCACUUUCAACCUGUUUGGACACAGUGAUAAUGAUAAGGAGGAGACGCCCGAAGAGAAACUGAUCAACCAGAUCAAGCGCUCCAUUCUAUGUGUACAGCGGGAACAGUACGACAAGGCGGAGCAAAUGCUCCACCUGGCACUGCGGAUGGCUCAAGACUUGCAGAGCAAAGAUGGCAUCACGUAUGUGUACGAUGUGAUGGCUAAUCUGGCCAUGGAACGAGAGCAGUUCAAAAAGGCAGAGAAGAUAUUCACGGAUGUGAUGAAGCGUCUCUUUGCCGAUGGCCACACGGAGGAGAGCCCAAAGAUCCUGCACAUUAGCUCCAAGAUAGCGCAUAUGUCACAGCUGCAAGGGGACCUGGAGAAGAGUUACCAAGGCUUCAGCUGGACGCUGCAGCAGCUGGCCAAGUUAAUUGAGAAGAUGCCCGAAGACAAAGACGUCCAAGAGCUGUACGGCCUGACAAAGAAUUGGUUUGGCCAGCUGCUGAUGAAGCAGGGAAAAUACACAGAGGCCAAGAACCUUUUUAAAGAAGCCUUCGACGCCCUCUGCGAUGUGUAUGGCGCCGUCAACGAGGCUUCGGUGACCAUUUUGAACAACAUAAGUGUGGCGUAUGUGAACCUUGAAAAUUACGCAGAAGCCAAGGAAACUCUGAUGCAAGCCAUGGCCCUGGCCAAAGAGCUGAAUGACGUCAGCCAAGAGGGAGUGCUGCUGGCAAAUCUGGGUCUGGUUUACCUGCGUGAGGGUCUGAUGCAGCAGGCGGAAAAGUCCUGCAAGCUGGCUUGGAAAAUGGGGCAACAGCACAAGAAUCCCGAUGCCAUCGAGCAGGCCGAGUAUUGCCUCAACGAGAUCAAGGCCACCAUAAAUGGGGCGAAGGGCGAAUGAAGUUAAUGUUUUCCUUGUAAAGUGUAUUUUUUGACUAAUUCAAACCGUUCGUAUAGUAAAGCAUAAUUUUGAAUGCAUAUAAAAAC